CUUCCCUCCCUCAUCCGGGUCCUGGGCGAGCGGGCGCCGUGCGCGUGUCCCGCGGCCGAGCUGCUAAUAAAGUUGCAGUGAGGGGAAGCGCGGCGACGGCGUCCGGGGAGUGCGUCCAGCCGGCCGGACUUGAACCAAUGAAAGAAUCUUAUGGCACUUAUGAAGAUAAAUGUCAUUCCUCCCUUUUUAAUUGGAACUUCUGCUUAGAACCUUUAUGUGAUUUUUCAUCUGUGAGCUGUUCUUUGAGUAGCCACUGACUUUGAGUUGCAGGAAGGUCUCCGAAGAUUUAUAUCAAAUGACGUCAAUGGCCAGCUUGUUUUCCUUUACUAGUCCAGCAGUAAAGCGAUUGUUGGGCUGGAAGCAAGGUGAUGAAGAGGAGAAAUGGGCAGAAAAGGCAGUUGAUGCUUUGGUGAAAAAGCUAAAAAAGAAAAAGGGUGCCAUGGAAGAACUGGAGAAAGCCUUGAGCAGUCCAGGACAGCCAAGCAAAUGUGUCACUAUUCCCAGAUCUUUAGAUGGACGCCUGCAGGUUUCCCACAGAAAAGGCUUACCCCAUGUUAUAUAUUGUCGUGUUUGGCGUUGGCCUGAUUUGCAGAGUCAUCAUGAGCUAAAGCCAUUGGAUAUUUGUGAGUUUCCUUUUGGAUCUAAGCAGAAAGAAGUUUGUAUCAACCCAUACCACUAUAAGAGAGUGGAGAGUCCAGUCUUACCUCCAGUAUUAGUGCCUCGUCACAAUGAAUUCAAUCCACAACACAGCCUUUUGGUUCAGUUUAGAAACCUGAGCCACAACGAGCCGCACAUGCCACAAAAUGCAACGUUUCCAGAUUCUUUCCACCAGCCCAACAACACUCCUUUCCCCUUAUCUCCAAAUAGCCCUUAUCCCCCUUCCCCUGCUAGCAGUACAUAUCCCAAUUCCCCAGCAAGUUCUGGACCAGGAAGUCCAUUUCAACUCCCAGCUGAUACUCCUCCUCCUGCCUAUAUGCCACCAGAUGAUCAAAUGGGUCAAGAUAAUUCCCAGCCAAUGGAUACAAGCAAUAAUAUGAUUCCUCAGAUUAUGCCCAGUAUAUCCAGCAGAGAUGUUCAGCCUGUUGCCUAUGAAGAGCCCAAACAUUGGUGUUCAAUUGUCUACUAUGAAUUAAACAAUCGUGUUGGGGAGGCUUUUCAUGCAUCUUCUACUAGCGUGUUAGUAGAUGGAUUCACAGACCCUUCGAAUAACAAAAGUAGAUUCUGCUUGGGGUUGUUGUCAAAUGUUAAUCGUAAUUCAACAAUUGAAAACACUAGGCGACAUAUUGGAAAAGGUGUUCACCUGUACUAUGUUGGUGGAGAGGUGUAUGCAGAGUGCCUCAGUGACAGCAGCAUAUUUGUUCAGAGUAGGAACUGCAACUUUCAUCACGGCUUUCAUCCUACCACUGUCUGUAAGAUUCCCAGCAGUUGCAGCCUCAAAAUUUUUAACAACCAAGAGUUUGCUCAGCUUCUGGCUCAGUCUGUCAACCACGGAUUUGAGGCAGUGUAUGAGCUCACCAAAAUGUGUACUAUUCGAAUGAGUUUUGUCAAGGGCUGGGGCGCCGAAUAUCACCGGCAGGAUGUUACCAGCACUCCAUGCUGGAUUGAGAUUCAUCUUCAUGGGCCUCUUCAAUGGCUGGAUAAAGUCCUGACUCAGAUGGGCUCCCCUCUGAACCCCAUAUCUUCUGUCUCAUAGUGUAGAAGUAGUCUUUUCAAUUAUAUUAUUAGUGGACUUGUUUUAAUUUUAGGGAAACUUUCAGUACAGAUACUGUGAGCUUACAUGGAAAACAGAUAUUAUAGCUUAUUUUUUUUUCUAAAUAAUUGUGACCAAUACAUUUGUAUUUGUGAUGAAUCUACAUUUGUUUGUUAGUCAUGUUCGUGUGAUUAACUCCCAAAAGUGUUGUGAGAAAUGCAAAGUAAGUGUUGUACCCCAGUUCACAAGUUUGGCAUUGAGCUUAAAUUGGGACAUAAUUUUGCCUUCUUGUCCCAAAUGACUUGUUAUUUGUUCAUUUUUUUUUAAAGUAAUACAUCACAUUAUGACAAGUUAUAAUAGUGUUAGAAGGUAUGCCAUGAAAAGUCUUCCCUCCUCCUCUUAACCCUAUGGAAGCUCUACUUUUACCAGUUUCUUUGUCCUACCAAUGUGAAGAAAGUGUGAUUCAUUGUUUCAUAAAAUCAUAUGGUAAGGGCUGAAAAGAAACUAUAAAAAAACAACACCACCCUUUUAUUUGAAGGAACACUAUGCGCUGCUCUUAACAGGUAGUGUUCGGUAAAAGCAAAGUGAUAGUUUUCUAGGUGAUGUCAUGAAAUUUACAUUUAAUACAGCUAAAUGUUUGUCAGUCUGUUGUGACUUCACUCAGUAUAUCUUUUGUAAAACAUUUCCUUUUUAAAAAAAAAAUAUAUUGUAAACAACAGAUCUCCAGUAUAUGUCAUUUACCCAGAAUCUGUCAUAAGUACUACUUUAUAGCUAGUGACAGUGCACGCGCGGCCUUGUUCAGCUUUGCUGCUUUUGGCCAAUGUUGCAAGAACUCUAAUUUUGACCUGCAUUAAUCUUUUAUUUUGCACUUUGAUGGGUGACAGUUUUUAGUGUAACCUUUUGUGAAACACGCUCAAGUGACUUGGACUUGGAUGCUCACCCUUACUUCCUUGGUGCCCCUUUUGUAUUAACAAACACUGCAGUUUGUAGACGACAGUUGUAGGAAGUUACACUUUUUCUAGCUUUUGGUGUAUUUUCAACCUAGAUUAUAAGACUGUUAUUCUGUAGCUCCAAUUUAAGGGGCCUUUUAAAUUUCCUACUGCUUUAUGGGUGUUACUCAUGUUGGAAAAUCACACACUUAAUCCCAUUGCUCUGAGUGGCGUCAGUUGCCCUGAGCAAGGAAAGGACCUGUGUACUGUAGCCAGAAGAGCCUCUUCAGUCUGGCCCAGAGUUGAGGCUCCUGGUCUGGUGCUUGAAUGAAUACGCCGUGGUUGUGGAGAUAGUUGACUUUAGAAUAGUCACAUAUGAAAGACUGCAGACUGUUCUCUCUGUUAACAUGCGUGCUGGUUCUUUUCCUUUUUUUUUUUUUGGUACUUUUGUGGAUGCUAGUCUCUCAGAACAGUCCUCAAGAGAGGAAAGACAGGAACACUCUAAAAUACCCAUUCAGUCAGUCAUGCUGGAGGGCUUUGGGUAAAGAACUUUUAACCUCAUUUUCUAGAGAGCAGUCAGAUGGACACUUUGUUAUGGCAUGAGAACAGAGACAUUAUUUAAAAAAAAAAAGAAA